AUGCUGUUGCUACCGCCAUCUUUGCUCCGCUCACUUUCCGUAUCCGUUCUCAUCUUCCCGAUCAUCCUUGGGGUCUUGGCUAUGCCACUUGCAUCGCAUGCUACCACCCCUCAACUGCAACUGCAUGAUAAUCCAAUCCGAACACGCCCCCUCAACCUCAGAAGAUAUAAUAUGGGGGACAAACUGCUGCGUAAUGUGCCCACCAAACGUCCUGGAUGUGUAUUGCUUCUGGACUAUUAUGAAAGGUGGGUACUAGUUUGGGGUACCAAGCAUCUUUUCCGCGCGCAAGCCCACAAUGGUGCUUGGAACAUCCAGACGACCGACAUAGAUGAACAAAUGUCAUCUGGCACCCUAUUGGGGUAUGUCAAAUUUCGGAGCGAUGAUGAAUCACAGGUGCUUUCCGCUAUUGCGAAUCUUCCUUCACAGGCGAACCAAUUCCUUGCACUUCAAAAAGUCAUAGAAUACCUCCUAGGGAAAUAUCCAGUUCCCCGUCGUCCACUGCCUCAGGAUCUUCAAUACCAGAUCUAUGACGAGAACUGGUGCCAGAUAUUUUCUGCAAUGUUAAAUCCUAUUUACGAAACUCAAUGGCCGAAUUCACCAUAUUUGAAGCUGGCACCUUCAGUGUCGAGGGUUGAUUGGAGGUCCGAAAACAGGAAUUCCAAAGGAAAUCCGUAUCGGCCCUUUGUAGGAACUGUUGUGGAAGAUGAAGUCAAAAGAAAGUUUGACAGCUUUGGAAAGUUCAAUUCUACAUUGUGGGAUGCUUGUCAAGAAUCUUCAGCACCAUAA